AAUACACAAACUCGUUUCGCGUGCCCCACCCGGACUAUCUCCUCCCCAAGACCCGCCAGGGCGCCCCACCCCAAACCCCCAGCAGGCCUCACCUGGUCAGAGUCAGGUAAGCGUCGGUCUGCUCUCCAUGGGAGGCGGAAGGGUCUUCCAAAGUCUCCAACAGCGGCACGAGGGGGCUGCGGCCCGGGGCCGUCAUGUCGGCCCCCCGCUGAGGCCCGGACCGGAAGAGGAGACAAUCCAGUGACCGAUGGAAACAGCUCCGCGGCGGCCCCGCAUAUCAAUGGCAGUCUCAUUAUCCUUUGGUAAUUCUGGAAUUUCCACCAAGAUUGUUUUAAAAACUCGUUUGGCAGUAUUCCAGAAAGAAAUUUAUUACAGGAGCCUAGUUAAUUGCCUUGGGGAGUUGAUGGAAGUCCCAUCUCUUUGAGUCAUGAGUAGCUGUAAUGGCAGCCUAGCUGCAGACAAGGAGCCUUUGUCCUCUGAAGGAGAUGGCAUGAAAGACAGGAACUGCUCUUGUCCUGUCUACCAUGGACGUCAAGAAAUGCCUUUUCUUCUACUCAUGAACCUAGGCUACCAGGCUGGCAAACAGGAAGAGGCCCUGUGCUCCCUGACUGAGCCACACAGCACACAGUACCCUGACUCUGGAGUGAACGUUUCUGCUCCCUCUUUGUUCUUUAGGGAACUGGUUAGUCUACAGCCUUGCUAUUCAAAGUAUAGUUCAAGACCCAGCGCCAUCACGCCACCAGCAUCACCAAGCAACGUUCAAAAUGAAGAGCUUCCACCUCAAACCUAUGGAAUCAGGAUCUGCUUUUUUUUUUUUUUUUGGCGGUGCCACGUGGCUUGUAGGAUCUCAGCUCCCCAACCAGGGAUUGAACCUGGGCCCCAGCAGUGAAAGCGCUGAGUCCUAACCACUGGACCGCCAGGGAAUUCCCAGGAUCUACAUGUUAACAAGGUCCCCAGCUGAUUCAGAUGGGCAUUAGAGUUUGAGAAGCACUGGUCUAUAGGACGUCCUCUUACCCACAGACACAUUUUCCCUUUCUGCCAAUUCAGAAGCAAUAUUCAGGGGCUUCCCUGGUGGCGCAGUGGUUAAGAAUCCACCUGCCAGUGCAGAGGACACAGGUUCGAGCCCUGAUCCGGGAAGAUCCCACAUGCCGAGGAGCAACUAAGCCUGUGCGCCACAACUACUGAAGCCCGCGUGCCUAGAGCCCGUGCUCUGCAACAAGAGAAGCCACCGCAACAAGAAGCCUGCGCACUGCAACAAAGAGUAGCCCCCACUCGCCGCAACUAGAGAAAGCCCGCACACAGCAACAAAGACCCAACAGAGCCAAAAAUAAAUAAAAUAAAUUAAUUUUUUAAAAAAAGCAGUAUUCAGUUUGCAAGCAAAGCAGGAAAACAUCAGCAGUAUUCUCAGAUUCUCUUAAAAUAAUUUCCAUAAUAUAAUAUUGAGGUUUACUGCUUGAUGUCUUAAGGAUAUCAAGGAUCAAUUUUUAUUUUUGAACCUCUGUUUCAUGAGCAAAACACUCAAGUGUUCUUUCCAGCAUUGUCCAAGGACAGUAGCUUUAUUCUCUAAAUACUUUAACAAAACAGAAUUUUCUGACUGAUCAAGUAUGUUUAUAUGAUAAAUCAGUGGCCCAGGCAUGAUUCAAGAAGUGUACUUUUUCAGGUAGGAAGACAAAGCAGAAGAAAUGUGCAAGAAGAAAAUGGAAAAAGAAUCUCACCCAUGUAUAAGAUGGUAACAGCUACCUGGGCUACCAGUGUCAAGCUACUUGAAUGCUUAUCCUGGGAACCAAACUGUUGAUUUGGGGGACACCCACUUGAAAAAGGCUCAAGGCGCUUCUGGACAAGGCAGCGCCAGCCGGGCCCGGAGGUUCCAGCGACUCCCGCGGACGCUCCACCUGCGCGCCCCCAGCGAGGUUUCCGGGAACCGCGGCGCGGCGCUCGGCGGGCCGAGGCGGGGAACCAUGGCAACUGAUGAAGAUAACAAAAAACAAGUUCUUAAGGAGUAUGGGCCAGCUGAAGAAUUUAUGAAAGAUGAACAAAACCAGAAAUUAAUUAGUGAAAUUGAAAAGGAAAAUACUCAGUUAAAGGAGGAGAUCCAAAAGCUUGAAACUGAGUUGCAAGCGACAACCAGGAACUCCCAGAUUAACGAGGAUAUUCCCGAAACAAAGAUAAAGUUCACAGCUGUAGAGAAUCCUGAGAGUGACAGCCAGUUUUCAAAUAUCUCCUAUUCGUGUCAAGUGAGCUCAAAAGUCCCUUAUGAGCUACAAAAAGGACAAGCACUUAUCACCUUUGAAAAAGAAGAAGUUGCCCAAAAUGUGAUCAGAAUGGGGCACCAUCAUGUGCAGAUACAGGAUGUAAAUGUGAAGGUGAUGGCCAGCCCGGUUCCAUUAAACUCAGGAGUCAGAUUCCAGGUUCACGUAGAAGUGUCUAAAAUGAAGAUCCACGUUACUGACAUUCCUGAUGAACUGCCUGAAAGUCAGAUGAGAGACAAGCUAGAACUGAGUUUUUGUAAGUCCCGCAACGGAGGCGGAGAAGUGGACUGCGUGGCGUACGACGAGCAGUCCCGGAGCGCCGUCGUCACGUUUGUGGAAAGUGGAGUUGCUGACAAGAUUUUGAAAACAAAAGACUAUCCUCUUUAUAUAAAUCAAAACUGCCAGAGAGUUACUGUUUCUCCAUACACAGAAACAUACCUGAAAAAGUUUCAGGUAUUUUCAGGAGUAUCUAAGAAGACAGUGCUUCUGACUGGACUGGAAGACCUUCAGAUAAUAGAUGAAGAAACUGUAGAGGAUUUUAUUAACAUUCACUUUCAACGGGAGAAGAAUGGAGGUGGAGAAGUCGAGGUAGUCAAGUGUUCCCUUGGGCAACCUUACAUAGCAUACUUUGAAGAAUAGACUCAUGGAAUCAUAUGAAAAUUAGAGCUUUUGAACCCAAAUCACUGUUAAUGCUUGACAAAAAUGAAUAUCCUUUUCCUUAAAAAAAUGAAAAAUUUAAUUCUUUAGUGUUUGUUUAUUCUUAGAUACAAAAUAUAUUUCUGUUUUUGAAUUCUUUGUUUCCACCUGUGCUGCAUGUUUACAAAUGCAAUAACUAUAUUAAAACAGUUUUGUUCAUAAAUUUUGUGGCUGGGUGCCAUGUCCAUUGAAAUGAACCAUAAGUGAUCCAAUUGUCCGCCUGCCAUGUUGGCUCAUUCUGUCACGGUCUGAGCCAACAGCAGAAUUAAAUUCAUAUUAAAAUGCUGGCAGAAAUGAAAUGCUUUUAGAAAAGAUUCUAAACCUAGACCUAUCCAAUGCUGCCUGCCAUCUAAAAU